GUCAGCCAGUAUGAUAUCGAUGUGCAGCUAUCGUUAGUCGUGGGGCACGUGUUUAAAUAUUUGCAAAUACAAAUAGAAAUACAUAAAGCAGCAGCAGAAACAAACAAAUAACGCGCAGCAUGUUUUACCUAAUUGGACUUGGUCUGGGAGAUAUCAAGGAUAUCACAGUGAAAGGCCUUGAGAUAGUAAAGCAAUGCAGCCGUGUGUACCUGGAAAUGUAUACCUCAAUACUUGGCUGUAGCCUUGAGAAUAUGCAAGAGUUUUAUGGACGUCCAGUGCUGUUGGCAGAUCGCGAUUUGGUGGAGCAAGGUGCAGAUGAAAUUUUGGCGGGUGCUGGAGAAGUGGAUGUGGCGCUGUUGGUUGUGGGUGAUCCAUUCGGUGCCACCACACACACAGACUUCAUAUUGCGCGCCAAGGAAAAAAACAUACCCUACAAGGUUAUACACAAUGCGUCCAUAAUGAAUGCUAUUGGCUGCUGUGGCCUGCAGCUCUACAAAUUUGGGGAAACUGUCUCCAUACCCUACUGGGAUGAGACCUGGAAGCCAGAUAGUUUUUAUGAUAAAAUUAAACUAAAUCGCCUGCACAAUAUGCAUACACUGUGUCUGCUGGACAUCAAGGUAAAGGAGCCCACACUCGAAUCCCUGAUGCGCAAACGCAAGGAAUACAUGCCCCCGCGUUUUAUGACUGUAGCCGAAGCAGCACAACAGCUCUUGUCCAUAGUGGAGAAAAAGGAUGCGCUGGAACGCAACACAGUGCUCAAUGAGCAAUCACUAUGCGUGGGCUUAGCUCGCGUGGGCCAAGAUACUCAACAGCUUAUGGUGUGCACACUUGCGGGCAUGCGUAGCAAGGAUAUGGGUGGACCGUUGCAUUCUCUAAUCAUUCCAGCUAAGGAGAUGCAUCCACUUGAAGUAGAAUUCAUGCAACAAUAUGCCGCCGAUAUUAAGUUGGAUGAUUAUAAUCAUUAGAGAGACAGAGUGCGAUCCCACCCAGAAACUUUUAAUGUAUUUAAGUGUUUAGUAUCACAUUUGAAUUGAAUUUAAGUAGCUUGAAGCGCUCUCCAUGGAGUACAAGUACAAGUAAGAUGAAAGUGAUAUACAACAGAAUGUAUAUAUACAUAUAAUAUAUAAAUGUGGUUUCCCCGCUUAAUUCCUGAUAAUAGAGUUGUGUCGUUUCGUUCAGAUUAAAUGACCGAGUAAACAAUGUAGUACAUAGGUCCAUUAAAGAAAAAG